AAUUGUUAUUGCCGAGUGGAAAAGAUAUAACGAGUAAUAACUAACAACUAUUGACUAUAAAAAUAUAAUAAGUGUACUAAGUUUUUCAGCCAAGUCGUUUCUUGGUAACAUCUACAAUUAUAAAUCAAUUGACAAAAACGACUUGUCAUUAAUUAACGAGCCGAUAACCUAGGUUGAACGCUGUUCGGCAUUUUAAUCCCAUAUACAUUAAAAUAUUAGUAAAUUACGUAAAAUUAUUAUAAUCGGACAAUCUACUUUCUCUUUACAACCAGUUGAAUGACGACAGUGUUCUUCAACAGUUCGUGGAUACCUUUACUCCGUAGUGUAGUUAAAUAUUCGACUAAGCGUACCAGAAAAAUGCCAAGUCUAUUAACUAAAGAAGAAAGAGAAACAUUACUCCAACCAUUAUUCUCUAAUCAAUGGUCAUUAGUGAAAGACAGAGAUGCCAUUUACAAAGAAUUUGUAUUCUCUGACUUUAUUCAAGCAUUUGGGUUCAUGACUCAAGUAGCAUUGAAAAGUGAAAAAAUGAAUCAUCACCCUGAAUGGUUUAAUGUGUACAAUAAAGUACAAGUCACAUUAUCCACACAUGACGUGAGUGGUUUGUCAUCAAACGAUAUUAAUCUUGCUACAUUUUUGGACAAAACAGAAAAAAAUAUUAAAGCAUCUUCAUAAUUAAUUAGUGUAAUUUCUAUGUAAUAAAUAUCAA